GCCAGCAGCUAGCUGGCACUAGCAGCAGCAGCAGCAGCAGGUGCCUGGUUGGUUCACCGUCAGAUAACCUAUAUUUGCUUCUAUUUUCUCCUUACCGUGACGACGUCGACGACUGGCACUUUUACGGUGCGGUUUCGCGUGUCCGGCUACGAAACUGAUCACGUUCAAUGGAAUUUUUAACGUUCCAGCUAGGCUAGUGUUUCAAUGAAACUUCCGCGUGACAAGCAAAGAAGUAUGCUCUGUCUGGUGUGACGUCUGGAAAUACGAAAAUGCAAAGUGGAGGAGGGCCGUUGCAACCCGGUGCGGUCAUACGUAAUAUGGCAUCGGGGACCCCCACGUCCCAGCAGCAGCAGCAGCAGCAGCAGCAACAGCAGCAGCAGCAGCAGCAGCAGCAAGCGGACAUGAAACUCUCAUCGCAGCAGGCAGCGAUGAUGAAUCAGCAACAGCAGAACGCGCUCUACACGCCGCAGCCCGUGUAUCGCGGUGCGGGGGGUGGUCAAUCUGCGCGGCCACGGGGCACAAUGCCGAUUCCCUACCACCAGAUGCAGAUGACCUUUAAUCUCAUGCCGCAGGUGCCCCGGAUACAGGCGCCGUGGGCCAACAUGAGUAACGUGCAAGUGUUGUAUCCGCCGCAGUACAUGCUGUACCCGCAGGCGGCCGGCGGUCGCCGUCAAGCGGGUGGUGACAACAAUAUAGUAAAUAUUUCGCAAGUGCCGCUGCCCCAGCACGCUCAUUCGAAUCAGCAGCCGGCACCGAUGCAGGUUGCACACGAAAUGAUGCACAUGCAUCCACCGCAGGCACCCCAACAAGUGGCCGCUACUCACGUUGCGCCGCUCGAGCAACAUCCGCAAGCCGGUACGCCGGCUCAGGUGGCGGUUGUGUCGUCGCAACCCCACACACCCUACUCCCAGAUGUCGAACUUGAUUGCGGCACCGCCGCCCCACAUGCAACCGGGUGCCGGUGCCGGUAUCGGGGGUGUCGGUUUGGGCCACCCGAGUGGUCAGAGUGGCGAACUGAGCAAACAACCGGCCAAGCGGGAAAAGCGUAAACAUGCCCUGCGCAUCAUCGAUCCGAGCACCAAUGAGGACAUUUUAGAAAACAUGUUCAAUGAUACGACGUCGAACGCGAACGCUGGUGCGGGUGGUGGCGGUAAUGCUUCCUCCGGAACAGCUGUCUCGAACGCAGCUUCUUCCGCCGGCACACCGGGACCACCGACGGUUGGCGCACAGUCCGUAACAAUGGGCGACUCCCAAGAUUAUAAUGACUAUCCACUACCACAACAACAACAGCAGCAGCCACAACCUCCGCCACCACAACAACAAGAGAUGGUCGUUUCUGCGCCGAUGGUAACACCGAUGCCGCCACCGCAGCAACACCACCAUCAUCAACCGCCACCCCAAAUGAUACUGACCGGGCACGAUAUGAGCGGCCGAGUGCCGAACCAGCAUCAGCCGCCCCAACAGCAACAGCAGCAGCAGCAGCAAUCGGUUGUCCAAGGCACACAUCCACACGAUCUAUACGUCAGCGGAGGGCUAAAAAUGAUGAACCACUCGCAUCCUCCGCCCCAUUUACCGCCGCACGACAUGACGACGGUCACCGGAACGCCCGUCGUGUCCGCCAUGUCUGAUGGGCCUUCGGUGGAGAUACCGAACUCGUACAUUAAAAAGAAGAAACCGAUCACCGACGGAGCAAUGCACCAUUCGCAACAGCAGCAACAACAACAUCAACAUCCACACGCGAAGCAACAACUCCAUCAUUACCAUUCGCAUCAGCAGCAGCAGCAACAACAACAACAGCAGCAGCAGCAUCAGCAACACCAGCAGCACCAACAGAUGCAUCAUCAUCAUCAUCAGCAGCAGCAGCAUUCGCAUCAAAGGCACCAACAACACCAGCAACAUUUGCAGCAUCAGCAGCAGCAGCAGCAACAACAUUCGUAUGCGCUACAACAAUCGCAGCAAGCGGUGGCCGCCGCCCAAGCAGCAGCACACGCCCAAGCGCAGGUCAAUGCUCAGGCCCAAGCGCAGGCAGUAGCAGCAGCCGCGGCAGCAGCGGCGGCGGCAGCUGCAGCAGCAGCAGCAGCAGCAAACGUCCCCUCUUCCUCUGUUCAUCCCAACUCCCACUCAGGUGCCGUGAUGGUGGACAGCGGCGAAAUGAUGUCACAACAGCAACACAAUGCGGCAAUCGUUGUGCAACAUCCGCAUCAUCAUCACCAUCACCCAGGCCAGAUAGUAGUCGGGACUGCCAACUACAUGACGGAACCGCCGCCACCGAUCGUUACGCCCAAUGAUCGACGUUUCCGUACGAUUUCGGAAAAAUCCGUAACCGAGUCGAACCUCUCCUCGGACGCGGAACCAUUCGUGUACACCGGGAGCAGCAACAGCACGACCACCCCCACCAGCUUACUACACGCACCGCCCCCUCCUGGUCCUGUUGCUACUUCUUGCACCGUGGAAACUACCUCGGAAGCGACGGAAGCGAGAAGAGACCCCGAAAACAGUUUACCGUUAACCGGUGUAGUUGAUGAGCUGCAGGACGUGAGUGUGAGCGGACUGGAGGAGGAGGAGGAAACGCUGAUGGUUGAGGGGCAACAGCAGCAACAUGAAGACGCGCAGAAUGCGAGCGUGCCUCCGAGAGAAAGUAGUUCCGACCGGCAGAAUGUCGAUGAUGUUGGCGUCAGCAAUAACGCCACCGAUGAUAACCUUGUGGCGGGUGUAGCGAAUUUAAAUAUUGUCGACGAUGAGGAAAAGUCCGGAAUACUUGAAACGACGGACGAGCGGACGGUGGUAGAGGCAGAAGUUGACGCAGAAGUCACGGAAGCAGCCUCGGACGAAACGGAUCGGGCGGCUAUGGUUGCUUCCGAUGCGUCGGUAGCUAUUACUGCCACCAAUAGUACGGAAUCGGUUGCCGUUCAGCAGGCAAACUUUUUAAAUAAGGAACGUAGCAUUAAGCCAAUAGAUAAUGAUUAUAUUAAUAAUAACAAUGUGGUUUACACCAGAAGCUUAAGCUCGAUAGAAGGACCCAUCGACGGUGGCGCCCCGUCGGUCGACAAAAAUGGCGUGGAAGCGAUCCAAAGUGUGAUGCCGAAGGCAGCGGAUGAGGAUCGCGAAAGGCAAACCCCAGCUGCGAAACAUCAGCAGCAGGGCGGCGGUGGCGGCGAGACUGAUCAAAUCGUCCCACAAGACCGUAGCAAUGAUGCUGUCACGCCAUCAACGCCAGCUUCUACAGCACCCACGAUGACGACCAGCAGUAGUUUGGACGAUAAUCGUAACGUAGUUACAGCGAAUCCUGCUUCCUCACCGUCGGAUGUGGCUGGCGUGGAAGCAAAACCGGUCCAAUCGGUGACCGCAGCAGCAGCUGCUGCACCAGUUGAUGAGAGUAGUAAGCAGGAGGAAUCAACCACAUCCAAAACGACCCCAAUGACGGCGGCGGCUGGCGGACAAUCGAAGGAUAAAAGCGUUGUGCCAGCCACAAUGGCACCGCCCGCCGUGAAAAAAAGCAAAUCGAUCACCCUGAUUGUGUACGAUCCGGACCAGUGGAGUCCGGAAAACCCGACCGGCAAGAAAAAGUAUUCGCGCGAACAGCUGAUGAUGCUGAAAAACAUUGGCCCUGCGCUCGAAAAGCCACAGAAUCUGCCGAAUAGUUUGGAAAAUUUGCUCGUUCGCACGAACUAUUCGAUGGGAGGCGGCGGUAUGGGUGGUGGUGGUAAUGCGUACGGUAACAAUCUGAAGGGGAACGAAUUUUCGCUACUGCCGAACUUUGUGAAAAGUGUAGGCGGCGGAGGUGGUGGUGGUGGUGGUGGUGGUAUGGGCGGUCACCAUAAUCCGGUCCGGCAGUCGUACGUGAAGCGCUCCUCGCAGCAGGGUAGUGCGGGAGGUAAUCAGUCGGGUGGACCACAGCCGAACAAGCAAUCGCAGCAAGGGCUCAGCAAGACCGGUUCGAAGAUCAUCAAGCUGAACCUGCAGCUGAACGAAGAGGUAAAGCUAAACUCGAGCGCAAACGCGUGGAAACCGAGUCAGCUGCAGAAGGGCGAAAAUGCGGAACAGGAUGAAACGCAGAAGCUCUUGAAGACUAUGCGUAGUAUCCUGAACAAGCUAACGCCCGAUAAUCUGGCCAAACUGGUGGAGCAAGUGAAGAAGCUCCCCAUCAAGACGUACGAACAGUUUGAUGGUUGCAUUCAGCUCGUGUUCGAGAAAGCCAUCUCGGAGCCUAACUUUUCCGAAGCGUACGCAAGGAUGUGUUACGAAAUUAAGACCGUCAGUGUGCAGGACAGUAUGAUCGAUUUUUGCGCGAAUAUUCUCAAACGGUGCGAAAACGAGUUUACGAGAGGGCGCGAAGAGCAGGCGAAAGCGGUCCGCGAACGAAGAGCGAAACUGCAGGAAAAUAAACAUUUGACCAAGGACGAGUUUGAAGAGCUGAAGGAAGAGCUGGAGGAGGAGGAACUGAAGGUGCGACGGAGAGCGGUCGGUAUGGUGCGGUUUAUUGGCGAGCUGUACAAGAUGGAGUUGCUGCAGAAUAGUAUCAUGUUGAAGUGCUUCGAUUCGCUGAUCCCGUACAAGCCGGAACAUUCGUAUGAAGCGUCGUUGGAGUGUCUAUGCAAGUUACUAACGACGGUUGGGGCAAAGCUGGAGAAACCAUCGCCCGAUACGAAGUCGAAAAAGACUUCGCUCGACAAGUACUUUGAGCAGCUGGAGCAUAUAGUGCGCGAGUUCAAGAAGUAUAAGAUUACGAGCCGGAUCCGGUUCAUGAUACAGGACGUGAUCGAUUUGCGGAAAAAUAAUUGGGUCCCGCGGCGCCAGGAGCUUAACCCGAAAACGAUCUCGCAGAUUGCGCUCGAAGCCGAAACGGAGCAGAAUCGCAUCAACAUGCUGAACUUUAUGCCGUUGAAGGAUGGCUACUCUGGCAGUGAUAUGGGACGAUCCGGCGGUGGACGAAGCGGUCCUGGAGGAGGAGGCGGCGGUGGCGGGUUGUAUGGGAAGUCAUCGAGCGGAGGCCCUGGCUACAAUCAGGGAAGCUUCGGCCGUGGUAGCAGCGGUGGUGGCGGCGGUGGCGGAGGAGGUAGUUCCAACAAAGGCAAUCGGUUGCAGAAGGACGAGGACGGCUUUCUGGCAGUGUCGAACAGCCGCAGUAGCAAUCGCCCUUUCACGAUAGAUCCAAAGAAGCUGCCACUGUUGGCGGUUAACGUCGACACGACGCAGCUAGGCCGGGCAUCGAACUAUCAAACACACAAAUGGAAAAAUAAUAUGUACGCAGCGCUUGGCAACGAGGAAGGCACGGCAUCGUCAUCUAGCGCGAUGGCCGAUCGUGACGAGCGGGAUAACGAGCAACGGGAUCGUGACCGUGACCGUGACCGUGACCGUGAACGGGAUCGUGACCGUGACCGUGACCGUGACCGUGACCGUGACCGUGACCGAGACCGUGGUUCGAAUAAGGAUCCUUACCACAUGAAAACAGCGGAAAGGGAUCGUUAUGGACGGUAUGGUAGUAGCAGUAGCCAGAACGAGGAUCGCUAUAACCGCUCCUCCCGCGAACCUUCCUCGUCUUCCGGUGGUGGCGAAUGGGAACGCAAAAUGGGGGCUUCCUCGAUGCAAAGCCGUGGCACCGGUAAUCAAUCCCAACCACCGCCACGGAUGAUGGCUGCCCGGUUGGGUCAAUCGUCCUCGACUUCUGCACCAUUUUACCAGCAGUUACAGAUGCCUGCGGGACCACCACCACCAACGUCCUCAUCCACGGGACCAUCGAAGGGGGGUUCGUCGGCCGCAACAGCAACCACAGCACCGACCGGCGGCAGUAGCAGUGAACCAGCCGUGCAGAAAUCGAACGAACCGUUCGAUGAGCGGAUGGAGAAACUGGUAUGGGAGUUGGCAGGCAAGAUCGAGGUGGACAGCAGCUCACCGAAGUUUUACUUUACCGUCGCGAGCACGCUCUUCCAGAAAAAUCUCGAAAAUGCGCCGAAAAUGCGUCGGGCGGCGGCUGCCGUCCUGACGGACAUGUUGCGCCUUAAAAUGAUCAGCUCCACGGACUUCCAGUACGCGCAGAAGGAGUUGCUGGAGCAAGCCGACGAUCUGCUGAUCGAUGUGCCGAAGCUGUGGGAGUAUGUGGCAGACUUUUUCGUGCCGCCACUGCACGAACGUUUGAUAACGCUGCAGGAUGUGCGGCAGCUGGCGACCAGCACCUUUGAACCGGAAAAGUGCUUCAGUUGGGAUAUGCUCAGAACGAUCCUGCAAAGCUACGAAGCGGCCCACGGUAAGGAUGCGUCCGCCAAGCUGUGGUUCGAGUGUCCGCUUGAGCUGCGAGAAUUUUUCCCCGGUUCGGUGGACGAGGCCACGAUCAGGCGGCGCGUUACCGAGUGUUCACUCGACUAUUUGCUCGAGGGCGAACGGAAGGAUAUGCGUACGAUGUGGCCCGCGAUACGGCAGUUCCUGGAGCGCGAUGCACUGAACGAAGAAAUCUUUGCCUGCAUCGAUGCGCAUUGCAGUUCCGAGCAGCAGCUGGACUCGCCGGAGUUUAUUCGCACGCUUACGACGGUUGUUUUUGAGCACUGUAUCCACGAUAAGAAGCUUGACCUGAAGAAGAUGGAACGGUGGCAUCAGCUGUUGCAGCGAUAUUUGUACGGGAAGGCGGAGCGGGAACUGGAAGCGUUGUACGCGAUCCAGCGGCUGGUGGUGAAGCUACAGCAUCCGCCGAAGCUGCUGCAGACAAUCUUCCAUCAGCUGCUCGAUCUCGGUGUUAUCAUGGACGGGUUCAAGCGGUGGAUCGAACCGAAACACGAUCACGAACCGGAGGGUCGCGGUGUUUGCGUCAAAUCGACCACCCAGUUCUUUGUGCAGUUGAUGGAACCGGACAGUGAGGACGGUGGGAAGGAUGGGGAUAGUGACGAGGGCGAGAAGGACAGCGAUAGCAAAACAUCCCCUACUCACGACCACCCUCCAUCAUCAUCUCCUUGUAGAUUCAUCCCAGACGAUUACAUCCAAUGUCUAGCCGAGUUUCGGCCCCAGUUUCUGUUCGUCGUUCCGUCGCUGCUACUCUUCCUUGCCACCCAUCCGAAAGUAACGCCCGACCUGCUGUCGAGCGUGGAUUCGGUGCUGGUCGGUGCAGCACCAGCCUCGCUCCAGCUGCAGGAAAAGUUCCGAACCAAGGUCGGUCGCGAUAUUGACAUUGCGCAGGGUUACGGUAUGACGGAAAGUUCCCCAGUUACGCUCUGUACACCGCACCGUUACGACCAGUCGAAAGUUGGCACGUGUGGCCAGCUGUAUCCGAACACGGAGGCCAAGAUUGUGUCGCUCACUGACGGUACCAAUCUUGGGCCGCAUCAAACGGGUGAGCUGUACCUGCGUGGACCACAAAUUAUGAAGGGCUAUCUGAACAAUGAGGCCGCCACUAAGGAAACGCUGGUGGAGGACGGAUUCUUAAGAACGGGCGAUGUGGCGUACUACGACAAGGAAGGAUUCUUCUUCAUCGUCGACCGGACAAAGGAAUUGAUCAAGGUGAAGGGAAACCAGGUAUCACCAACAGAGCUGGAAAACAUUAUUCUCGAACUGCCCGAAGUGAGUGAUGUGGCGGUGGCCGGCGUACCAGACGAAACAGCUGGCGAGCUUCCGCGUGCAUUCGUCGUAGUUAAGCCGGGCGCCGACCUGAACGAGAAGGAGGUGCAGGAACACGUGAAGGAGCGGGUCGUUAAGUACAAACAGCUGGCCGGUGGUGUCAUCUUCGUGAAGGAGAUUCCUCGUAACGCUGCCGGCAAAGUUAUCCGGCAGCAGCUACACAUGAUUGCCGCCCAGUUUGAGGACUGA